GAUCCGACAAUAAAUCGAGAGAAGAAGAAGAAGAAGUUAAAGAGAGGCAACAACCAACAACCAACAACCUGAAACAGAAACACUGGAAAAAAAUUAAGCUGAUGCAAAUAUAUUACGUGACUUAUCAACGAUGGUCCAACUCGCCUUGUCGACUAGUUGAUCUGAGUCUUUGAAACCUGACGCACUGGAGAGAAAAUGUCUCGAGACUCGUGAAUGGAGUUGACAAGGCAAGCCUUUAGAGACAGGUGGACCUCUUACUGGUAGUGUUGCAGGCUAUGAGUGUGGGUGAUGGAGGACAGUCAAUGUGGAGACUUGGACUACCUGAUCCAAGAUGAGGACACCUUCAUUGAGGGUGUUAGCAACCAGGUCUUAUUUGUUGUGGUUCUCAGCAUCACCUUCCUUGCAGGCCUCCUCACUCUGCUCUGCAGACAGGAGGACCUGAACAUUCACCCUGAGAACCAGGAGCAUGUUCGAGCCGUCCGGCAGCAGCUCCAAACAGAGCAGGAUGAAAGCAGUCAGUCAGAGGCCAGGCAGCAGUAUUACACUGACAUGUCGUGCCCUGUGUGCUUACAGCAGGCUGUUCUGCCUGUGGAAACAAAUUGUGGACACCUCUUCUGUGGCUCCUGUCUUAUAGCCUACUGGAGGUAUGGCACCUGGCUGGGAGCUAUUAACUGUCCCAUCUGCAGGCAAAUGGUCACUUUGCUCUUCCCGCUGUUUCAUGAGCACGCUGGCCCUCAGAGGGUCCAGGAUGGCGAGGCAGAACCUAUACUGAUACUGAGAGACAUAAACGAUUACAAUCGCAGGUUCUCAGGACAGCCACGAUCUUUUAUGGACAGGCUGCGAGACGUGCCCACCCUGCUGCGUCAUGCCUUCAGAGAGAUGUUCUCUGUGGGUGGCCUCUUCUGGAUGUUCAGGAUUCGUAUCCUCCUCUGCCUGGUCGGAGCGCUCACCUACCUGGUCUCGCCCCUCGACAUCCUCCCGGAGGCACUUUUCGGCCUCCUUGGAUUCAUGGACGAUUUCUUUGUCAUCCUGCUUCUCUUUGUGUACAUCUCCAUCAUGUACAGAGAGGUGGUAACACAGAGACUCAACGGCUAGGUGCUAACUCAUUAAAGAGGCGCUGGUUGCUCAGGAUGAGGUGAACCCAGCUUCUGCAGUGGAUGUGUAAAAACACUGACAGAAAAGAAUAAAUGCUUUGAGGACAGAUGAUCAACAAUACUGGUCUUCCAAAGGAGUUUGACUUUGAAGCCAGAGAUGCUGCUUUAUCACUGGAGUGGGGUAGGAUCUAACCCUGAACACAUGGAAUUCACUUGUUCAUUAAUGGCUUAAUAAAUAUCGUAUGAGGUCAAGGCAGAUGAUAAUGCAGCAUGAGGGUGAUUGUAAGAAUGUGGUGUUGUAUGUAUCUACUUUGAUCAUAACUUUGUGUAUCCAGGGAACUCUUUUUGAAGAACUGAAUGAUUUGCAUCACAACCAGCCAAUUCUUUGACAGCAUUGCCAAAUUUUGGUUAAUGUGCAUAUUAUCAUACUGGAGAUAAUGACGUAAUGUAAUGUGAACUUGAACUUCCUGUUUUGAUGGCAGUGUUUUGAUUAUAUGCAUUUAAAGUUGGCCGUCUGCAUCCAAAGUGUUGACUGUUGGACUAAUUUGUGUUACUUGAAGCAUCCAGCUGCGGCCAUUACAGGCUGUCGGCUCCAUUAAAGUGACGAUGCACUUAUGUAAGAAACCUGUGAUUAUGAAUAUUCAUAAUGACCUAAAAAAUACAGAUUUUUAUGCUUGUGGGAAAAUC